CAGUGAAGCGAGUGCGGGAGAGUGCGCCCCCUUGUAAGAAAUCUCUUGUAAAAGGAGGUUAAAAAUUCUAUUGUUGGAAGCUUUGCGAGGGAGAAGCAAAGACAAAGUCGCAGAUUCUAUAUUUUUACGUUUAUUUUGUAACAAGAUGGACGGAUAGAAGUAAAUCAAGAUGAAUUUCAACAGAGUGCCCAUGCACCCCCAGUUUCCCUCUCCUUCCCACCUCCCCCCUAAUGCAGGUCCCCCACCCAUGCCCCCAAACCCAGGGCACCCGGGCCACAUGCCUCAGGGCUUGCCCCAGGGCAUGCCUCCAACUGCUUUACCUCCACAUAUGCCGCACCACAUGGGUGGAGCUGAUCUUAGGAGAAAUGAUGGAAUGAUGAUGCAAGGGCAUUAUGGAAACCAGGAUGUGUACUCGACUGGAGCAGAGCCUGAGUACGUGGAAAUUAACAAUACCCUGGUGGACGGAGGAGAUCGAUACGGUGUUUCCACACUCUGCUUCGAUAGUCAAGAAUUACUCUGGAUGGGAAAUCAAGGGGGCCACGUUACUUCUUACUACGGAGCAGAACUACAGAAGUAUACGUCCUUCCAAAUCCAUGUGAAUGAGGACAUCCGACAGAUUGUACCCCUGUCUCGGGGAGUUCUCUCCCUUACUCAGAGCAGUCUGGCCUGUAACAACAGGAGGGGAAUCCCCUUAUUCAGUUACAGGAGUGCAACGAUGCACAACAUGCAAUGUAUGAUGAUGACAGGGCCCUCUUCAGUAAUCAUCGGAGGUCAUCAGGCCAAGGUCAUAGAGCUGGAGGUCGAACACAAGGAGGUCAUCCGUGAGGUGGACAUACCUGAGCCUGGCUGUGCUAUAUUUAGAGGCACUAACAAGUACAUCUGUGCUGGAGACACAGCGGGAAAGGUAACUUUGUAUGACCAUUCCACAAUGAAAGCUGAACAUGUACUGGAGGCUCACACUGGAACUCUGUCCGACUUCGACAUACAGGGGAAUCUCCUGGUGACUUGUGGAUUCUCCACACGGCAUACUAACUUGACAGCGGACCGGUUCCUUAUGGUGUAUGACUUGAGAGUAAUGAGAGCCAUGGCUCCGAUACAGGUCGUCAUUGACCCCAUGUUUCUGCGCUUUAUACCCGCCUACAACAACAGAAUGAUCAUCACAUCUCAGGCAGGUCAGUUUCAGAUCAUUGAAACCACGGCAAUGACCCCGUCUACAAUGGGUGUCUGUCCAAUUAACACCCAUGGUAAUCCGCUCCUCAGCUUUGACAUUACUGCCAGCUGUCAAGCCCUAGCCUUUGGGGACUCUGGGGGUUACAUGCAUUUGUUCACCUUGGGAGAGAACCCGUGCUACAACCAAUACCCAGAACAGACGGAGUUCGCAGACCCUAUUGAACCUAUUCAACCCAUUCAUGUCACAGAUGAGUACACGCCUUACUCUAUCAUCCCCAUGAUGUAUCCCACCAACGGGACGCUACUUUCUGAUUGGCCGGAAUAUCUCUCACAGCGGACCUACAGGAAGCCUAAACCUUUGGAUGCAGACAUCCUGCGGUCCAUGAAGAUGCAGCAUAAUGUGGGAUAUGCCAAAAACGUGGGGAAGGAAAAACGGAAUCAGAUCCCUUAUGUUCAGGUUAAUGAAAAAUCAAAGAAAGGAAAAGGGUCAAUUCCAGAAUCUCCAAUUGGCAGAGGGGAUGAUCCAUUCAUCAAAGUACCAAAGCGCUUCAGGAAGGUGGAUCUGAAGUACUCUAAGUUAGGGCUGGAGGACUUUGACUUCCGACAUUACAACAAGACCCACUUUGCUGGUUUGGAGACUGAUAUACCUAAUGCCUACUGUAACUGCAUGCUGCAGGUGCUGUACUUUAUUGAGCCUCUUCGCUGUACGCUGUUGAGCCAUCUGUGCGAGCGAGAGUUCUGUCUGGCCUGCGAGCUGGGAUUUCUGUUUCAUAUGCUGGACAACCAGAAAGGUCAAACGUGUCAGGCCAGUAACUUCUUGAGAGCUUUUCGCACCAUCCCAGAGGCCUCGGCGUUGAGCCUUGUGCUAGCAGAGAAUGAGGAGAACGAUCCACGGAUUAACUUGUCUCGUCUGAUUCAGAGCUGGCAGAGAUUUCUCUAUCAACAAGUUCAUGCAGAACUCUGUAACAGAAGUCAGCCAGUGAAAGAGGCCAAGUCUGAGGAAAGUCUUUCCAAAUCAGACGAAAAUCUGUCGGAGCAAAUGUCUGAAGUAAGUCUGAAAACAGAAGAUGAUGCACCAAAGACUGGAGAUAAAGCGGUGGAAACCACCCCUCCCAAGACAAAGAAGAAGAAAAAGAAGAAGGGGAAAAAGAAAGGAAAGGAUCACCACGAGGAGGAGAAAUCUGAAAAGGAGGGUGAUGGAGACAAAGGGUCAGAGACAGCAGACGAUGAGAGCAGGGACCCAGACAAACUGGAGGAUGGGGCACCAGAUAAUAUUUCCACUGAAAAAGUUGAGGGAAAAUCAGCAAUAUCAGAAAUGUUGGGGAUCAAGAUAGUGACAACGCUGAGGUGUAGGUGUGGUCAAGAGACACAGAGACAGUCUGACACCAACAUAAUAAACCUCAGCUACCCGGAUUGUAAUCCUCCAGGCAGUACCAGACCCCCCUUUGAGUACCCCUUCUCUGAUGUGCUGAAGAACACCCUGACAGCUGAACAGAACAUGCAAACGUGGUGCAACGUCUGUGAUCGUUACCAGCCACAUACCCAGAUUAAGACUAUUCAGAGUAUUCCGGAUGUGGUGGCAGUCAACUGCCAUAUUGAGAAUGCCCGGGAUUACGAGUUCUGGAAGAUGCAGCACAUGAUACUGAGACAGCGAAAGGAGGAAAUAAACGAGACCUCCGCACAGAGCGGCAGCUUUAUGAAUGCUCCAGGAGGCAACCCCGUCAUGUGUCGUUAUGGAAACGGAUGUCGUCGAAAUGGCUGUAAAUUUAGGCACGAGCGUGACAUUCUGGAGCCGCCGCCUCACAAUUACGAUGAAGACAUAGACUGCCAGUGGAUUCCUCUAGGCCUGAUGAUGGACUUGCAUUCCGACGGAACUCUCAACAUCGAAGAGUACCCAGAUGAUCAUCCGGUUCCACGAGAUGCUGCACCGACUAUGAAAUUUUAUGAGAUACUGGCUGUUAUUUACCACAUUCGUGAUGAGAAGACUGCUGGCAAUCUGGUGGCGUGUAUUAACGUGGGCGAGACGUACCACCAGAGGAAGGAGAACGUGACCUGUACCCAGUGGUACCUCUUCAACGACUUCUCCAUCCUCCCCAUAGAAAAGCAUGAAGCCUGUGCCGUGAAUUUGGACUGGAAAGUUCCAUGUACCAUUUAUUUCAAGAGGAGAAGUCUGACCAAGUUUCACAACCUGACAGUGACAAAUCCCAUUACCGUGGAUGUUUUGAGAGAAGACUUUGGAUUGGUCAAUCCAGCCAGUAGAAAAGUGACAUUUGAACCCUUGACAGAGGAUGAACUCCCUCAAAAAGGAGACGUAGUGGCUCUGGAUGCCGAGUUUGUCUCGCUGAAUCAGGAAGAGUCAGAACUACGCAGUGAUGGAACGCGCUCCAUGAUCAAACCAUCCCACCUGACCUGUGCCAGAAUGACCUGUCUGAGAGGACGAGGAGAGAGAAAAGGGAUAGCCUUCAUUGAUGAUUAUAUAUCCACACAAGAGCAGGUAGUGGAUUAUUUGACCCAGUGGUCUGGGAUAAGUCCAGGUGAUUUGAACCCCGAGCUGUCCACUAAACAUCUGACUACACUUAAGUCCACCUACAUCAAACUCCGCUAUCUGGUGGACAACAAAGUGGUGUUUGUCGGCCACGGUCUGAAAAAGGACUUCCGGGUCAUCAACAUAACUGUUCCAAAGGACCAGAUCGUGGAUACAGUGCAGCUCUUUUACAUACCAAGACAGAGAAUGAUCUCCUUGAAAUAUCUAGCAUGGUAUUUCCUCAAAACAAGUAUUCAGUCAUCUACCCAUGACUCCGUAGAAGAUGCGAACACCGCUCUACAGUUGUAUGAUAAAUACCAGGAAAUCGCGGCGGAGGGCAGUGACAAAAUCCGGGCAGCCAUAAAAGAAAUGUACGAAGUGGGACGGAAAGAUCAGUGGAAGAUCCCGGAUGUGGAGGACACGGAAAACCCACUGGACAUGCUGCAGUUCCCUGGGAAUAACAACUAGGGUACCCUAAUGUGGGUGUGUCCAGUAGUAUCUUUGUGUAGUAGAAAGAGAGAUCAUUAUCAGAAUGAGUUUGACCAGAAUUAAUACAGGUUUAUUACGUCUCUUAGACAUUUAUCAAUUUCAAGAUUUGUACUUUAUUACAUGUCCACGCAGUCAAUUUAUCAUGUGCAUCUAUGUUUUAUGGAAAUAAAUAAUAUGGGAAAUGUGAA